CAACCAGCUAGUCUUCGGGUCCUCCUGACGCCUGGCUAUGAUGUCGGGUUGAGCCGUCCUGGGGCUGAGAAGCUGAGCAGCGGAGAAUGGAGGGGCCGCAAGAGCCAAGCUCUGAGGCGAUCCUGCGCUUUCUCGCCGAGCGCGGGGGCCGGGCCCGACACUCGGAAUUGGUGCAACACUUCAGGGACGCCCUGGGUGGCCCGCGCGAGCAGCGCACCCGCGCCCGCGAGCACUUCAAGGAACUGGUCAACGCAGUGGCCACCGUGCGCACCGAUCCCGCGGAUGGUACCAAGUACGUGCAUCUUAAGAAAAGGUUCUGUACGGGGGAGCUCCCUCUGAAUGAGGCCGCACUUCCCCGGGAGCUCCCGCGGAUCGAGGUGACGGAGGAGCCCGAAGUCCCAGACCUUCCAGCGGAACCAGGCGGGGGCAGCCAGCUCCAAGAGGAGGCAGAUCCACAGUUGUCUCUCGGACUGAGCGACCAGGAGCCUCUGGCCCCUGCCCAAGGCGGGGCCCAGUGUAAGGACUCGCCACUGGAGGUCCAGGCUGUGUCCUGGGCGCCGGGCGCCGAGACCAGCGAGAACCUUAAACUCCCUCCACACGGUGGUGAGGAAGCUGAAGGGGGCGGUUCCCCUAAUGGGCCAAAUGCGCCGAGGUCGGCCCGUCAGAACUUUAGGGACUUAGUUAUGGGCAGCUCUCCGCAACUAAAGAGGAGCGCGUGUCCCGCAGACGGCUGCGCGGGGAGCUUCUCCGCAGGAGGUCGCAGCAGAGGAGGGGGUGACUCCGAUAGCGCCUCGCUGGCUUCGUCUUCCGCCGAGGAGGAGAGCACCGGCGGGGGCUCGGUUUCGCUGGACCCUCUCGAGCACGCCUGGAUGCUCUCAGCGUCGGAGGGUAAGUGGGACAGCCUAGAGGGGCUGCUCACUUGUGAGCCUGGACUGCUGUCGAAGCGAGACUUCAUCACCGGCUUCACCUGUCUCCACUGGGCCGCCAAGCAGGGCAGGCAGGAGCUCCUGGCCAUGUUGGUCAACUUUGCCAGCAAACACCAGCUGCCAGUGAACAUCAAUGCCAGGUCGAGCGGAGGCUACACUGCUCUACAUUUGGCAGCGAUGCACGGACAUGUGGAGGUGGUGAAGUUACUAGUGGGGGCCUACGACGCAGACGUAGACAUCAGGGACUACAGCGGAAAAAAGGCCUCUCAGUAUCUGAGUGAGAGCAUUGCAGAAGAGAUAAAGAACCUGGUGGGAGCCCUAGACGAAGAUGAUGGAGACAGCGCCACCGGCCGCGGAAGCGGCCGCUGGAGACUUUCAAAGGUGCUGCCGUCACACCUCAUCACCUACAAACUCUCGCAGUCCUCGGAAGACGGAGCUGAACAUCACCAUCACCACCUCACCGAGGGAUGGACUGGAAGCAAAGCAAAAGAUUCAGGACGCAAAGCCUCGGGCAGCUCGAGUGGACGGAUAAAACCACGACUCAACAAAAUCCGGUUCCGAACCCAGAUCAUUCACAACACUCCCUCGUUCAAGGAAGCUGAACAGCCACUGGAGGAAGGGGAAGAGGAGGAAGAGGAAAAGUCUUUUAAAGGCUAUUCAUCUUCCUUCAAACUGAGACCGAAGUCCAAUGUAUUUGGGUAAAAAAUAAUUCGUGUGAGAAAUGCGAAGAUUUGUCUUCAAGGUAGAAUAAUACUAGCUGUGGAUAAGAAGUGGAACCAGAAAAGACAGGAUAAAUUACGAAUUUUAACUUGCAGGCUUGGGGUGAAUAGUAGUAAUUCUUUCAGGAUAGCAUUCUGGGGCAAGGAAAUGUCUUUUCCUCACCCCACCCUUGUAACCUGGAACUUGUGAGAACUGAAACUGAUUGAUGACUUAGAGGCCCUUUGCUUUAACCAUCACUAGAUAACAUGCAAAGUAAGAACCAUUUCAAGACUGUUUUUCUAACUUGCUAAGGGCAUCCGAAAAUGCAAAGUGUAGGGUAAUGCAAACUGAAGCUGAUAAUGUUUGGAAAUGAACAAAACUACAGGCUUUCUUGAUUUCCUAUUAUUCACACUUGCUUAAGGUGCUAAAGAAUGUCAAGGUCAGAGUUGAAAUGUGAAAAUACAAAUGAGAAUCAUGUUAAUCAAGAUGGAAAUGUUGUUGCUGUUGCUGUUGCUGUUCCCAUUUUUAAAAGUGAAAAGGGAUUUCACUUUUAAUCACUGAACUGAAGAAAUAAGCAGCAUUUGCUUUUAAGUUACUGUAAUCUGGUUUGUGCCUAUAUAACACUAUUCAGUCGGUACAUAAUUAACCACAAAUUUUUAUUUAAAUAGAAGAACACUUAGCAACCUAUGGUACUUUUUUUUUUUAAUGUGUAUGUCUUGUUGUUUAUCACUAACUUGUUUUGCUACUCUUAAAUUCUGAACUUUCUGGGCUUUGUAUUCUGGGGAUUCUUUUUGAUAAAGCUUACAAUACUUAAGACUGACAUAUUACAUUACAAACCUUUUCUUGCUUAGAAAAUAGCAAAACUCAACAUAAAUAUUAAUAAGCCUAUGCUUCUGUGAAGUAAUUAUUAAAUCAACUUAAUAUGGUUCUCAUGUAAGAGACAUUUUAAUUUUAUUAAUACAUUCAUAGUUUUUAUGCUUUGUAGCAUCAUUUCACAAAUGUUCAAAAUGCUAAAUCUUUCAUUUUUAUUACUUUUUUUAUCUACUCAAAGAGCUGUGAUGCAGUUACGGAAAGGCUAGAUAGUCUGCCCAUUUAAAAAUGGGCAAUUUAUUAUACUCUAUAAAAGGAAAGAGAAAUGGGACCAUUUCUGUAUUUCAGUGCUGCUAGUUAUUGAAUUUCCUUACGUAUAAAUGAAAAAUAAUAUUCCUUAAAAUUAAAGAGUUUUAUAACUGUGAUUCUUAAUUACAUUCCAUUCAUUUGUGUUAGAGUAAAUGGCUUUGUAAUUAUUUUAAAAUUUAACUUACAAAUUUAUGAAAUCUUGUAACGAGAUUAGAAACUUCUGUGGGAGACUGACUGAUUUUACCAAAUUCUUUCUCAGUCUUCCUGGUGUGAGUGCUGAAACUUCAGUUGUUACAGCCUACAAGAUAGAAAAGCAAGUGAGCAGCCAUGCCCACAGAGUGGAGGAUACUGCAUGGUUGCACAGAGCUGCAGGAUUUUGUUUUUAACUAAUUUUCCCAAGUCCUAGAAGUUUCUUACAAAUUUGUGAUAGCUCCCUAAAGACAGCAGUUAAAAUUGGAUUGAAUAUGGAUUGAAGAUAUUCAUCUGAAAUACAUUGGUUGCAGCUAAGGAGGUGGCUCAGUGAGAGUGAGCACUUGUUCUGCAGGCAUGAGGCCCUGUGUCUGAGUCCCCAGCACCCACAUGAAAGGCCAUGCGUAGUUGAGGAUACCUGUAAUGGGGAAGUGAGACAGGCAGAUCCUGAGAGCCUGGUGGCGAGCCAGCCUGCACGAAACAAUGACUUCUGGAUCAGGGAGAGGCUGUCUCAAGGCAGUAAGAAAGGCAUAGAAUAAGCACACAUGGAUGCUUCCAAACAGUCUCAUGGCUGCACUACACAUAUUCACAUAAGUUGUUACCUGCUUAUGUGCCUUCGUCUUUGUAUUAGGAUUUAAGAAGUAGAUCAUUUACAUUGAUAAGCACUUUUUCUGUAUGUAUGGGUGAAAAGUCAGUAUAAAAAGCAAUCACGUAAUCCAUGUCGAAACAUGUUAACUACAGUGCAGAAUAAGCUUACAGUUCUCGUUAAGGACUUAAAUUCCAUGUUAAGAGAAGGCAACUACACAAGUAAUAGUUCAGAACCACACAGGGUUCUACUGAGCAGUCAUUAUUAAGCUCUUCACAUGUGUGUUUGUAAUUAAUUGAAUAAAAUUUAUAAUUUGCUAGACUUUUAGAUACCAAAUAAAUACAUCAUUUAACUUGCUUUUGAUACUAAAGGUUUAAAACUAUGAUAAACAUAAAUUUUUUGGAGUCAUUCCCAGGCUGGUCAGACAGCUCAGCAGGUAAAUGUGCUUGUCUUACAAGCUUGAAGACCUGAGUUUGGCCCUAGAACCCAUAGUGGAAGGAGAGAACUAACUUCUGAAAAUUAUCCUCCAGCUUCCACAUGUGUCCCAUGUGUGCCAUGGUACACACAAAAACACACAAAAUUAAUAAGUUUAAAAUUCAUAAACACAAAAGGAGAACUCCUAGCAUUCCUGCCAUAAUGUGCUUUGUGCAGUGAGUGCAGCAUUUUCUUUACUCCAUUCCUCUUAUUUUUCAAUUUCCAAAUCAAGGGUAGAAAAAAUGAUUUGUAUAAUUUGAUAAUCAUAAAGUUGUAUCUACCAAUAGUUGCCACAAAAAUACAGGCAUCUAUUGACAAGAGACUGUGUAGUUUAAAAACAGGUGUGUUUGUACACUUGUAAUUGUGAAUGUCAGUUUGCUUUAUGGGAUAUAAAAUGCAGCUAAUGUGGUACUAGAGUAUUCAGUCCUGAAAUAUUGGAGUGUGAUGUUUGUUGUUUGCUUUUUAAGUAAGUGAAAGUUUGUGAGUUUAAGAAUCUGUAAAGUUUGUCAAAAUAAAAUGUUCACAGUAGAA